CGCCAGCAGUGCCUAUAUACGACUCACGUAAGCAUGACCGUUCUUCUCCGUUUCACCGUGUAAACUCUUGAUUUUGGGACGUUUAAGGCCAAUUUCACAGUACAACGUUCGUCUCAGUAUUGGUAGAAACAUCUUUGUAUUGGAUUCAUUAGGGAUAGGCUGGAUACGGUUUAAUUUUGCGUUUGAACGCUGUGAUACUACCCAGCAAUUGUCCUGUGACUUUCCGACUUCUUGCAUCGUGUAUUCCUGAUUGAUUUCACCAACAGUGCAACAUGUCCUUCGCCAAUUUAGAUCGGGGCUUGCAGAGUUCAACUGCACCUGGCGAGUUUGCCAGUCUGUCUAAUCGGAUUGCUCAGGCUAUUCAUCAACUACGCAGUAACACAGCUGCUAUGCAUCGAUACACAGUCAAUGAUGUGCUUGAAAACAAUUUCCCUGUGCUGUUGGAGCAGUCCCGUUCGCUCUCGAAGAAGAUUUCGGCCGAUUUGCUUCGUCUUAAAGAGUUCAGAAACACUGAUGAGUAUAACGAAGAAGCAAUCUCUUUUACGCGGUCCAAGCUUUCACGAGACUUUAAUGUGGUUCUCGCGGACUUGCAGCGGACGCAGCAGAGAUAUGCUGAUCAAGAAGCAGCCAAUCUUACUCAAGCUCAACAGGAGCUUGACCGGAAUGCUGCGUUAUUGGAAGAGGAGCAGAAUCCUGCUGCUUUAUCCUCCGGCAGAAAGACCUCUCAAACCGUUCAGCAGCCUCGAUUAACGAAUGAUCAAAUUCAGUUUCAGCAGCGUUUAAUCAAUGAACGUCAAGAUGAGAUUGAGGAUUUAGCUCAAGGAAUUACCGAGCUAAACGAAAUUUUCCGCGACUUGAGCACUAUCGUCACUGAACAAGGUGACCUUAUAACUAACAUUGAGUACAAUAUCGGCAAUGUUUCCAGCAAUGCUAAGAAUGCAUCCACACAGCUACAGCUUGCAAACAACCGCGCUCGUAAAGCGAGGAAACGAAGCUUCUGUUUCUUCCUAAUCUUGGCAGUUAUUGUCGCUGUUAUUUUGGCCGCUCUUAUUAUGGGAUAAGUAUGUACACCGACUGCAGAGCAAACCCGAAUUCUUUUCCUGUCCACGACUACAGAACUCGAACACUGUCGUCUUUUUUUCCUACGAUACGACCAAUAGUAAGCUUAGAUUAUUGGCCACGCGAACUGUUUACGACGUCUGUUUUCUUAGCAUCUUUUUAAUAGUAAUCACACAUUGCGAAGGGUCCAUAACUUCUCAGAUGGUCUG